CAUGUUUUAAAAUUUUCCUAAAAUUUUCUAUCCAAACAGUCUCAUUUGCAUCAUGGACAAAGGUUGACGAAGACGAACAAAAAGCGAGUCUGUGAGAAUCUGAGACGGAGAGAGAGAGAGUGCAAAAGGGAGGACAGGCAUUUAUGGCGACCAGAGCGAGAAAUACAGUCAGUAUGAGAAACGAGCUGUGGGGUCUGGCUAUCCCUUUUUUUUUUCCACAGGGUGAAAAAGACACUACGCCUGUUUUGCCUGUUGGGUGUUUGUACUCUAGUGAGACUUAGUCUUCUCAUUUUCUUGGGUUUCUCUCUUUCCCCUGUUUUGCGUCUCUGAUUUCCCACCUAUAGGAAUUCUAAUUUUCCUACAAACCGAUCACCUACUCAAAAGAGUUGCAGAGAGAUCAUUUCUCCUCUUUUCUGGUGGAUCAUGUCAGUAUCGAGAGGUUCGAUCGGGAGGCAAAAAGAAGAAGAAGAAGAAGAGAAUGAUAAUGAGGAAGCAGAAGACCAAGGAGAGACUGAAAGUGAUGAUGAUGAAGAGGAUGAGAGUGAUGGAGUGGACUUGGAGGAGGAUAGAAGAAAGAGAGUAAUGAUAAGGGUGGUUUCUGGGGAAGGAAGGGGAAUAAGCUCUUCUACUGCAGCUUCUUAUUCUUCUUCUUCUUCUUCUUCUUCUUUGUGUUGUCAAGCUGAUGAAUGUGGGUUGGACUUGAAAUUGGCGAAGCCAUAUCACAAACGCCACAAAGUCUGUGAACGACACGCCAAAGCUGCCGUAGUCUUGGUCAAUGGUUUACGCCAGAGAUUCUGUCAGCAGUGUAGCCGGUUCCAUGAAAUUUCAGAGUUUGAUGGAAACAAAAAAAGUUGUCGGGAACGUUUGGCCGGUCACAAUCUGCGCAGAAGAAAAGCCCAUUCAGAUUCACAAGAGAGGUUGGACAGAAACAACCAGCGUUCAGAGUGAAACCCAGGAGAUGUCUAAUCAUUCUUCAAGGUUACAUGUUAUUUUGCUCCAAAAGAAAAAAAAAAAAAAAAAAAAGUUACACUGUUAUCAAAUGUUUGACCAUUUAGACUACUGAAAAUUGGUCCUUUUGGUUUUUGAUCGAUUACAUAUUAGGUUAUUUCAUACCUAAUUCGAUCAAUUUGAUUGGUAAUAUAAUCAUUACUAAGACUCCCGGCAAUAAAAAACAGCUUGUUAAUUA